GAAGCUGCUGUGACCAAUUUCUAGGGUUUCAUUGAUCUUAGAAUCGUCGAUUCAGAAGUCAUGCCCUCCUCCAAUCCACCGUCGCAAUGCGCCACCACUGGUCAAUGGUCCACCGGUCUUUGUGAUUGCACCUCCGAUGCCUCCAAUUGUUGUCGCACGAUUUUCUGUCCGUGCGUUACUUUUGGACGAAUUGCGGAGAUUGUCGAUAAGGGAACUACUUCGAGUGGUGCAAGCGGGGCUCUUUAUUUAGUACUUUGUCUAUUCACCGGAUGGGAAUGCUUAUAUUCUUGUAUGUAUCGAUCUAAACUAAGACAAGAAUACAUGUUGCCCGCGCAACCAUGUGGCGAUUGUCUUGUCCAUUUUUUCUGCAAGUCUUGUGCUCUUUGCCAAGAGUAUCGUGAGCUUAAGUAUCGUGGAUUCGAUCCAGCUCUUGGAUGGCAAGGAAAUUUGCGAGCUCGUGAUCAAGGAGUCGUGAUGCCACCGGUUGGUCCUGGAGAAAUGAAACGUUAAUUGCGAUGGUCUCAACGCAACGACUAGGACUCGUGUCGGAUGACUUUUUAGCAUAAUUGAUAUCGUUCUAUCAUCACUUAAUAAAUGCAUAAUAUUUAUAAUACUUUAUAA